CCUAGCCUGCCCAACUCUUUCAUAGGCGAGCUCUGGGCACUUCUUCCUAAUCAUGAUUCUGCCUCACUGCUUGUGAACAACUAUUUCAAUCACAUUCACUGGUUCAUGCUAUUGUUUCACCAGCGCAACUUUAGGAACCGCUUUGAACGGCUUUACGAGCCAGGUAGACGACAAGCCCUCCCAGCAGGUUCUACUAGCCAAGUUGGAUACGUAGCUGUACUCCUAUCUGUAUGUGCAAUCAGUCUUGAGUAUACUACCGCAUCUCAGAGACAGGCUUUGGAGAGUCAAGGGACGGACCCGGAAAGCUUGAGGAAUAAAAUUCUUAUGACAAUGAAGCUAAGGCUGCUGGACAUAUUGUCACUAGGGUCACUGGAAGCUGUGCAAACAUGCGUACUGUUGGGCAGCUACUACCUAUAUCAUGGACAACCAGAGCUAGCUUGGCCACUUUGUGGAUGUGGACUGCGUAUUGCGCAGGCCUUGAAUCUGCACCGGAAGAUGGCAUCUCAUGGCGCUGACCAGGAAAGAUUCGAUCAACCCACCAUUGCUGCUAGGCAGCGGUGUUGGUGGGCGGUGUACGAAAUCGAGACAUUCUGCUCCAUGAUGUACGGCUUCCCUCUGGGCAUAUCAGAUAGCGAUUGCGAUGUUGAGGAAUUAAAUCCUCAUGAUGGUUGCUCUGUCUCUACUACCGAUGAUGAAGAUCCUGGCCAACCGAACCUACUCUUCUUCAAAUGUGCCAUGUCGAAACUGUCAAGGAUUGUCAGGUGUGCCUUGACGGAUCUUUAUGGCACGCAUAGAAACCUUGAUAGGCAAAAUCGGCCGAUUGUGGACGAUUCUUCGCGACUCCAGAGUCUGAUCGCCAAGGUGGCCGAUCUGGACGAGAGACUUUCCCAGUGGCAGGAAGCUCUUCCGACCAAACUACGACCAACUACCUUGCAACAACAAUCGGCUCAAAGCAGUGCUGAGACGGGGAGCACCGAAUCAUUCACUGAGAAACUGUUCCACCUCCAAGCUCUGAUUCUUAAAUUAGCUUACGAAAACGCCAGAAUUCUCGUCCACCGGCCGCUACUGUCAUACAAAAUGGUGAUCACGGAAAAUGCGGACCCGUCCAAUAGUAGAUCGUGCGACGAUCCAUUUCAACGUUCAGUGCAGUGUUGUCGAGAUGCUGCCCUACAGGUCUCACGUAUCGGAUCCAACCCAAUAUUUCGACAAGUAUCAGACACGUAUGCCGUUACUUUUGUCUCCCUCCACCUAUUCACUGCUGGCGUUACACUCUGUAUCAUGACCAGCCUCGAUCCGCUUAGUCGCGAAUCCCAUGAAUCGAAACUUGGCAUCCGUGGUUUAAUGGAGAUGCAAACCAUUUUGAAACCAAAGUCAAUUGCCGCAGCACAGGGACUCGAUAUCUUACGAAACCUCUUAUCCUUGGUCAUGGCCAAGGAAAUAAGCAACUUGUUUGAGAUUCCGUCGCCUAGCGAGGAGUCGUCAACAGCC